AGGCUCGGUGCUCGGUCGGCUGCGGGCAGCCCGGGCGCCGGCCCCCCGCGUCGGGCCGGGACCGCCGCGAUGGACCCUCCCGCGGGCAUCGCCUGCCUCCUGCUCUGCUGCGCGCUCUCCCUGCCCGCCGGCGCCCUGCGGCGCCCCGGGGACAGAGACCCAGUUCUGAGGAAUACAGAGGAGUACAGCUUUGUCAUCCCCACCAGCACCGAUUCAGAGGGCAGGUUCCUAUCGCACUUGGUGUCUGGACCACCGAAAGCACGCUUCAGGAGAGCUGUGGAGGGCUCGCAGCACGAAGCAGCAAACGAGCAAAUAUUUUACAAUGUCACUGUUUUUGGAAGAGAGUUUCACUUCAGGUUGCGGCCAAACUCCAGGCUCGUGGCCCCUGGAGCAACAGUUGAAUGGCAGGAGGACUCUGAUGAGACUCAUGUUGAGCCUCUCUAUGGGAAUUGCCUCUAUGUUGGGGAUAUCACUGAUUUGCCAAAUGCUUCGGUCGCUAUCAGCAAUUGUGAUGGGCUGGCUGGCAUGAUUCGCACAGACAAGGACGAGUUCUUCAUUGAACCUCUGGAGAAGGGGGCCCAGGAGGAGGAGGAGGAAGGAGGCAGAACACACGUGGUCUAUCGCAGAGCAGCUGCCAAGAAGCAGCUUCCUAUUGAGAGCACGGAUACCCUGUAUGCAGCAGCUAACCUCACUCACCUGGAUGGCCUCGGCAGCGCCCUGGGCUCGGUGGCAGGCGAGGUGCAGCGAGCGAGGCGGCGCUCCCGCAGGCAUGCCGCGGACGACGAUUACAACAUCGAAGUGCUCCUGGGGGUUGAUGACUCGGUCGUCCAGUUCCAUGGGAAGGAGCACGUUCAGAAGUACCUGCUGACCUUGAUGAACAUUGUCAAUGAAAUUUAUCACGACGAGUCCCUGGGUGCCCACAUCAACGUUGUCUUGGUGAGGAUAAUCCUGCUGAGCUACAGCAAGUCCAUGAGUCUGAUAGAGAUUGGGAACCCCUCGCAGAGCCUGGAGAACGUGUGCCGCUGGGCUUACCUCCAGCAGAAGCCUGACUCGGGCCAUGCAGAGUACCACGACCAUGCCAUCUUCCUCACGAGGCAGGACUUUGGUCCAUCUGGCAUGCAAGGCUAUGCUCCAGUCACUGGAAUGUGUCACCCUGUUCGAAGCUGCACUCUCAACCAUGAAGAUGGUUUUUCAUCUGCGUUUGUGGUGGCUCAUGAGACUGGACAUGUUUUAGGCAUGGAGCACGAUGGCCAAGGGAACAGAUGUGGGGAUGAAGUCCGCCUGGGGAGCAUCAUGGCCCCCCUCGUGCAAGCUGCGUUUCAUCGCUUCCACUGGUCUCGUUGCAGCCAGCAGGAGCUGAAUCGAUAUCUCCAUUCCUAUGACUGCCUGCGUGACGAUCCCUUCGAGCACGACUGGCCUUCCCUGCCCCAGCUGCCAGGAAUUCACUACUCCAUGAACGAGCAGUGCCGCUUCGACUUCGGUUUGGGCUACAUGAUGUGCACAGCUUUCCGUACCUUUGAUCCCUGCAAGCAGCUGUGGUGCAGCCACCCCGAGAACCCCUACUUCUGCAAGACAAAGAAAGGGCCUCCGCUGGACGGGACCAUGUGUGCGCCAGGGAAGCAUUGCUUUAAAGGUCACUGCAUCUGGCUGACACCAGACAUCCUGAAGCAGGAUGGACACUGGGGGGCGUGGAGCAAGUUUGGCUCUUGUUCUCGGACCUGUGGCACUGGGGUGAAGUACAGGACACGGCAGUGUGACAAUCCACAUCCUGCCAACGGAGGCCGCACGUGUGUGGGGCCGAGCUACGAGUUCCAGCUGUGCAACACUCAGGACUGCCCUAAGGACUUUGAAGACUUCAGAGAGGAGCAGUGCAGGCAGUGGGAUCCAUACUUUGAGUACCAGAACACGAAACACCACUGGCUGCCCUAUGAACACGUGGAUGCUAAGGAAAGGUGCCACUUGUACUGCGAGUCAAAGGAAACAGGGGACGUGGUGUAUAUGAAGAGGAUGGUGCACGACGGCACCCGCUGCUCCUACAAAGAUGCCUACAGCAUCUGUGUCAGGGGAGACUGCUUGAAAGUCGGGUGCGACAGGGUCAUAGGUUCCACGAAGCAGGAGGAUAAGUGUGGUGUUUGUGGAGGAGAUAACUCCCACUGCAAAGUGAUGAAAGGAACGUUUUCAAGAGUGCCAAAGAAACAAGGGCACAUUAAGAUGUUUGAAAUUCCUGCUGGUGCGAGACAUUUGCUUGUACAGGAAACAGACGGCACCAGGCAUAACCUGGCAAUUAAAAACCGUGAAACAGGGAAGUACAUCCUGAGUGAAGACAACUAUGUGCCAGACUCCAAGGUUUUUAUUGACAUGGGUGUGGAGUGGGAGUACCGGAAUGACGACGAUAGAGAAACGGUGCAAACCAUGGGACCGCUGCGUCAUGGGAUAGUUAUUCUGGUGAUUCCUCACGGUGGUGCCAAGAUCUCUUUGACCUACAAGUACAUGAUCCAUGAAGAUUCCUUGAAUGUUGAUAACAAUAAUGUUUUGGAGGAGGACUCGGUAUCGUAUGAAUGGGCUUUGAAGAAAUGGUCUCAGUGCUCAAAGCCUUGUGGAGGAGGCUACCAGUUCACCAAGUACGGCUGCCGGAGGAAGGCAGACCACAAGAUGGUUCACCGGAGCUACUGCGAGCUGAUCCAAAAGCCCAAGCCCAUUCGCAGGGUCUGCAACCUCCACGAGUGCUCCCAGCCCAUCUGGGUUACAGGAGAGUGGGAGCCUUGCAGCAAAAGCUGUGGGAAAACAGGCUACCAAGUCCGCUCUGUCCGCUGCAUCCAGCCCCUGCACGACAACACCAAUCGCUCUGUCCACACCAAGUACUGCAGCAACGACCGCCCGGAAGGCAGGAGGCCUUGCAACAGGGAGCUUUGCCCAGCACAGUGGAGAAUAGGACCCUGGUCACAGUGCUCUGUCAGCUGUGGCAAUGGCACACAGGAUCGCCCGGUCCUGUGCCGCACCAGGGACAACGCCAUUGGCCUGUGUAAAGAAAACAAACCAGAGGCUGUAAGGGUUUGCAGACUACCUCCGUGCCCAAGAAACGUUUCUGAUCCUUCCAAGAAAACCUACAUGAUACAAUGGCUGUCAAGACCUGAUCCAGACUACCCCAUCCAGAAAAUCUCUUCAAAAGAGCAUUGUCAAGGAGACAAGUCCAUGUUCUGCCGCAUGGAGGUUCUCUCCCGUUACUGCUCCAUUCCUGGCUACAAUAAGCUGUGCUGCAAGUCCUGUAACACCUACAGCAACGUCACAGAGGACAGCAAUGUCACCCAUUCUAACGUAAAUAAGAGUAAUGCCAUCGAGGAGGAGCUCCACACAACCCUCAGCCCUCCCAUAGGGGUGUUCACCACGCAGCCCAGCACCACCAACCCUCCCCUUGUCUCCAACGCCACGGAGGAGCACGCAGAGACCAACGCAGUGGAUGUGCCCUACAAAGUGGAGGGGUUGGAUAACGAAGUGUCACAGCACAACAUCAUUCCACGGAGGAGGAUACCUUACGAAAGGACAAGGAAUCAAAGAAUUCAGGAGCUGAUUGCUGAGAAGAGGAAAAAAGAGACGCUUAGGAGAAGACCCUAAAUUGGGAAUACGACACAGACCAUGGGUUUUUUUUCUCUUAUAGAGAUGUUACCAACAUCAUAGCGUUGCCCAUGUCACAGAGACUAGAAAUGGGGAAAGAGCAAAGUGGUGCUAUGGCAGAGAUGCCACACUCUAAUGCCUACUACAAAUGGAAAAGACAGGUUGUUCCCUAAGGGCUAAUCUGAGCACGCUGCAGGCUAGGUUGUACAGGGUACAGUAGAGUAUUAGUGCAAUAUCAUUACAGCCUUUCACUGAGUCCAAGUAAUACCUAGGCCAGGUUAGCAGGUUUCUGGUUUGUAGGCUCUUGGAAGUCUUAUAUGCCUGUGUAAAACUGCUUGGGAAUAGCAAUGGGAGUUAGAUUUAGGAUGGAGCAGAAGAGUCCCAAGACACACUCAAUCCCUUUGACACUGACAAGCAGGAGAUGAGCAGUCCUGUGGUGCUUCUGUGCAUUGCACAGCCCCAGGCACUGGCUCGGUCCCCAGUCCAGGAAGGUGUGUAAGGAUGUGGCAGAGCAGGUUCAGCUGACUGGUGCAGCUGCUGCCGUGCUAACAGCUGGGCAGCUGCUUCCCUAGCUUCCUUAACUGGGGCUGCUUGAGAGAAUAUAUAGAAGACUCCCUAGCCAGGUAUUGAUGUGUCAAUUAAAAGCUGGCAAAGAGUAGUUCACAUGGUGCCAUUAACACCAUCAAAGGAUGCUCCUGAACUCCUGCACAUGUGCAAGGCUUGUAGUAGGGUAGGUCCAGCCGACUUGGACUGACAACAUUCUGGUCUUCCUGUUUACAAUCAACCACAUCUUCUAUAGUCCUUAAUGCCACAGCCUCAGAGAUCUUUGCUGGUUGGUGCUUUUUUUGUUUAUUGGUCUAUUUUUUCUGUCCACAUAACUGUUUUAACUUAAAGAUGACUGCA